AUGACGAACUACACAGAUAUGAACACGCUAUUGAAAUUGGGACAGAUUGACCCUGAGCUGAAAGAGUUACUCGAUGCGAACCCUCUGCCCGUCCUCGACUAUUCUAGCCUCCGAGACUUUUCUGAACUAUAUGCCAAAAAUAGUGAGAGAGCGAAAGGGCUACUAGGACCAUCACCUCCUGGUGUGAAAGUCACAGAACUACAAUACCCUACUCGGGAUGGUUUCCACAAUCGAGCCAAACUGCUCCAACCGACAGAAUUUCCUGAGAAGGGGAGUCCAUUGAUCGUCAUGAUCCACGGAGGCGGGUUCUGUUUUGGCUCUCCCGAAGGUGAGGAGCAAACCUGCCGUAAUUUCGUGCUUGCACUGGGCGCAACCUGCGUUGCUGUCGCUUAUCGCCUGGCGCCCGAUUACCGUUUUCCACACGCGCUCAACGACUGUUGGGAUGCUUUGAAAUGGUGUGCGGAGAACGCGGUAUCCUGGAGUGCUGACACGACUGUGGGCUUCAUUGUUGGUGGAAGCAGUGCAGGAGCAAAUAUAGCUGCGAUUCUCGCGCACCUUGCAAGAGACGAGGGACUGGCACCCCCAUUGACGGGACAAUAUCUAGCUAUACCUCUGCUCCUACCCGAUGAUUCAAUGCCGGAGAAGUACAGAUCAUUGUGGGUAGCUCGACAGCAGAAUGCGGACGCCCCAAUCCUCCCAAAGGCAGCUCUUGACAUGUUCAUGCGUGCCUAUAAAGCCGACACCACGGAUACAGUGAACUUUGCCGUCUUCAACCAUCCAAGGGGUCAUCGCCACCUUCCGCCAGUGUAUCUACAAGUUGACGGGAUGGAUCCACUCCGCGACGAUGGCAUCAUCUACGAGCGAGUUUUGAGAGAAGCAUCUGGCGUCGAGACCAAGAUGGAUGUAUAUCCAGGCCUACCCCAUGGCCACUGGAGUUUCUUUCCAAUGCUCGCGGCCAGUACACAGGCUCGCAAGGAUCAGCUUGCGGGUAUGGGCUGGCUUCUCGGUAGGAUGCCAGAGAUUUCGAGAGUCUCGUUUGGCCCGGUCGCAGCAACUGUAUAG